AUGGUUUCGUCGGGACGUGGAGCGACCAUCAAUGACUUGCCUACCGAAAUCCUACGAGAGAUCGUCGGCCUAGUAUGGCUCGACUCGAUUCCUAAAUCCUCGUUCCGAAACAUCGACCCACACGGACUUCCCUCAUCAUACCCAGACGGUCGCAAGAUCUCAUCCACCCAAAACGAUACCCGUAAGACGCUAUACAACCUCUGCCUCGUCAGCAAGGCCUUCUAUCAUGAGGCGAGAGUCCUUUUGUUCAGACGCAUUCAGAUCACGCUUCCACACAGCUUCAACCUGCUCUUGAGAACGCUCGGUGCUUCUCACUUGGCUAGUGCCUACGAAAAGUAUGCCUCCACCGGCCGCGUCAACGUCGAUCCUUCCGACCCUGCCUCGUUCGUUAAUAUGGUGGCUGCCGCAGGCUUCGCACAUGCUUUGGGACAAAAGCUGAUCAUUGGAGGUCAAGGGACGCCAGCAUCACCCGCUAGUCGCAAUCAGAGCCCUGCACCAGCUAAGCAGGCGAGUGCCUCUGUCUCCGCCGAGCGCGACGCUUCUUUGACGCGGAGGCCGUCUCGCCGCAACGUCAUUCGCAUCAACGCAGACCAGGACGGCGAAGUCGAACUCAUUUGGACCGAGGAUCCCGACUCGGACCCCAACGAUCCGGUCUACCACGUCACUCUGCGUGAGGAGUACGACGAAGACGCUUCUACGCUGCAUCGUUGGGCGCGUCUUAUCGACUUCUCCAACUUUCGUACCCAAGGCAUGCGACGAACCAUCGGAGAGGGCAUGGAUCAGCGCUUCGUAACUCCAGCCCGUCUGCACGCCCUUGUGACUGCAGCAGAGGGGCUCGUCGCGUUCGGCGCUAGCGAGUCGAUGGACUCGGCUCUCUCCAACGAUGUGCUAGAAGCGCUCCUCUUCCGCGACGGCGAAUACAGCAAACCUAGUCGUCUGCGCGGCGUGUCGGUGGAGCGCAGCAACGCUCGACCGAACAAGAUGCUCCAGAGUCUCGACCUCUGCGAGUGCGUCUCUCCGCGCUUCCAAGAGGCCAUGAAGGAGUUUGUUCAGACGCAUCUCCGAAAGUUCAGCGGCAGGAUGACCAACACGGUCGAGGAGGAGACCGAGGUGGAAGACGAUGGCAUGGACGUCGAUGGCGAGGAAGAGCGCGGUCGUGGCCGAAGUACUGCCUCGAGGCAGCAGAACAAGAGCGUCAGUCGAUCGGCGUCGACGCGUCGCCGAGAUGGUGAAGGACCGAGCCGUCAUCCUGCCAAGCCGACCGCUUUCCCUUCUCUCUAUCGCUUGGGCCUAUCGGGCGUGACGCUCGACAACGACCUGUUGAAUCCAUUCGUGCUUGCUUUUCCUCGACUCACCCAUCUUGAUUUGUCGAGGACCAAAGUCGAUGCUGCCCUGCUCGAUGCGCUUAGCAACUCGCAUCAGUUGCAGCUCGAAAGUUUGUCGCUCGCAUUCUGCAAGCGCAUCACGUCGGAGGCCGUCACAGAGCUGCUCGUCGACGCACCGUGCACGCAAGGGCUUGUCGAGCUUUCACUUGCAGGAACGCUGAUCUUCCCAACGCCCAUCGACUCGGAUGAUCUCAAAGUCAUCAUCACACAAGCGCCUUGCUUCCGCUCUGGUAAGCUGCGCUACCUCGACAUUGGCGGUUGUGCGCUUACGGACGAGCUACUUGGCUUGAUGGGUCCUCAGCCUUCGUUGCUCGAUCUCGGGCUGUCGCAUUGUCCGCACAUCCGGCUGGAAGCAGUCAGCAAGCUGCUGAGGGAGCGUGCGCCCAACGUGCAGAUCCUCGAGUUGUCCGAUUCGUGCACGUCGCGCUCUUCCACGGAAGGGCUCACCACCAACAUCCCCGGCUACGACAGCCACGAUGCGAGCGCCAUCAAUGCUGUGCAUCUGCAGAGCAUCCUUGUGGGACCGUGUGCCAAGACGCCGCCCAUCCCGAUCUCGGUGCAGCUGGCUAUGAUGGGCUUCAAGACGGGUUCGGAUCCGCCGCCGAGCUUGCCAGCGAACGCGAGGGCGGCGACGAAUUUGCGCGUCGUGGGGCUCAACCAGGCGUCGCUCAGGAGUGUGCGGGGUGGAUUCGGCAGCUGGAAGGUGAUCAGGGGCGCGGGGAGGAGAGGCUGGGUGGUGGAUACCGCGGCUGGGCCGAAUCCGGAAGCGAGCGACGAGGCGUUGUUGGAGGACGUGGUGGCUGUGCCUAGCCUAGGGGUGAAAAUUGACGACGGAUCAGGAGCCGAUGAUAGCAUUGGCGGCGGUGACGGAGGGAAGCCAAUGAAGAGGGGAAGGUCAGUGAGGUACGACGAACGGUCGCUCGACCCGCGCGAUGCGCGCGACGACGCCGACCGUUCUUCUCGCUCACCAAUGCGCGUCCCCUCACUUUCGGCGCGCCCCACCAUCCCCUCUAUUCGGAGAGCACACUCGGUCGGCGGAGGGUCUGGCUCGCGUUCCCGUUCACGCCACAUGGCCGCAGCUGCCUCGUACUCGCUCCCACCGGACGCCAAAGUGGUGCCACGCGAUGAGGUAGUGCGCGAUCUGCCCGUCGACCAUCCACGUCGGGUGACGCUGCAAAGACUGGCCGACUGCAACGGCCACGUUCCGGGCGAUAUCGGCUGGCACAGUCGCAAGAUGGAAGUCCUGCUCGGCUUCGGCUUCCUGGGACGAGAGUCCGGGCUGUACGCUCUGCCGUCAUUUCAGGUGUAG